CCAUUUUUGCAGAAUUCCGCCAGGAAUCUGCCAAAAAAAUCCAUUCCAUCAAAUUUUCUGUCAAACACAUUUUUAAAAGAAAAUUCUGUCAAAGUUGGCCAAAUUCGGCCAAAACGGUCACCCUGACUGCAGCGUAACAUUUCGAUCACUGUGAGCUGUCCCGCAUGCCAUUGAGAUGUUGCAGGCCAACACAUGCGCAAGGCAGUGAAUAAUGAGGUAAUAACAAAUAAGAAAAUAAAUCAAGCAAAAAAGAAUGCAAUUUACUGCAAGGCUCCUUUUAUUAAAGUAAAAUAUUUUACCAAUAACUGGUCCAGAAUUGUAUUUUAUGCGUAACUUAAUAAAUAUUAUGAGCUUGAUAGGAAUUUGUUGAAGCUUUUGUAAAUAGUUUUUAAUCUCCUUGAUAGUGUAAGUACAAAUAAAGCCUCUGGCUUCAUAUAUCCUAGUCGGGAGGUUUUCUGCAAUUUUAAGUUUGGGGUUUAUUUCAUUUUUGAGCAUGCUUACACAAUGAUCGAGGUACAUGUACAUGUAGUUAUAAUAAAAUGGAUUUCACUCGCACAAAAGUCUGGUUUGACCCACUCAUUGUGUGGAAUUUCUUAAUAUGAGGAAUGAUGACAUUGUACUGUGUAGUGGAACUUGCAGACAUGAAUGCUACAUGUGUAGUUAGAAAACUGUAUUUGUACAGUUUGGACGCAGAUUGGCAUUCAGUGAAUUCAACUUUUGAAUUAUGUCCAGCUUUAACCUGGUUCCAAUAGAGGGAGGAAUUUGUGAGAAUAUCUUUUAUUGUGAAUAGAAUAUUUUUAAUCCCUGCAUUUUUGUGUGUGCGAGCUUUCUUCCGUUUGGAUUUUGAAAUUGUUCGUUAGUGGGCGUACAUAAAUACUUACCGAUUGUAUUUGCAGCAUAUUUUGACACGUAUAUUACUUACUAAGUGUAUCGUGUAAGGGGAAAACGGUACAUUCAUCAUAAGAGGUAUCAGCAAUUUGUCGAAGUCAUGAGUGUGUGAUUCCAAAAGUGCUACCCUAGAAACCCGGGUAUAAUACGAAACAAAAGGCUGUUUACAAAGGUCUCCACAAGGAAAUUUCUUAAGGUGUAAAGGUCUCCACAAAGGUUUCACGUAAUGGAUUACACUAAAAUAUAAAGUAGUAAUUUCCAGGGUGUACAGUGUACUUAUCUAUCUUAACUUAAAGUAGUUUGUGUAAGGGACAUUUGGUAAUGAUUUCGACCAAGGAAAGUAAUUCUGGUUCAAAUAUUCGUUUUGAAAAUAGCUUUCGAUCCUCUUAUCCGUUUGUACAUAAGAACAAAACGAUGUUUUCACCAGGAUACACAUUUCGGGAUUGGUGAACGAUGUGUCAGUGUGAACUAAUUAACUGUAUUGACGGUUUGUACUUUUGCAACUAGCAUUUGUAUAUCAAACGGCUUCCGACGAUUUCUUUUAACUAUUUUACAGUGUUAAUCUGAGAAAUGUGCCCAUCUGUGCCCUUGAAAUAAUAUAUAUAUAUACAACAUUAAAUAUACAUAUAAAAUUGGAAAAUUAUUUUGAACCCCCCCCCCAAGUUACAGUACAGUUGUAUCACUGUAAUACAUGUAUUUGUAAAUGAGUCGCUUAUUCAUGUUUAUUUUUUUCGAGAACAACUUGCAACUUUUACAUAUACAAUGUACCAACGAACAGCCAAAAACGACAGUUAAGUAUUGAUGUCGAAAUAAAACAAUUAAUCCCGUAUUAUUUUGAGAUAAAGUCGACGCUUAUGCAAAUAAUGCCGCGGCGCUGAAGUAAAUGUACAACUAGUGUGGCAAAUAGGGACAUGUAAUCAUUAAACGGAAACCGAUAACUAUGCAGAGAAAUUGUCCAUCUGUCUUUUUCCGUUGUGAGGCAGUCAGCGAGCGCAGAGUUCGCGCUGCCACCGUCCACUCGUUUCGAUUUACCCACUCGCCUGCUGCUGAAUCGCGGUGCUGCAUGCAAUUACGCAUCACAGAGGUGACUUUCAAGGGUUGUUGGUCGUCGUCGUCAUUGUCGUGAUGGGGGAUGUGAGUUGCUGCGGUCAGAUCAGGGACAACAUCGUCCGGACAAAAGUAGUGACCACAGACCUGAGGUCCACCCCACUACAGAGAUGUCUGUCCACUGUAGAUUUAACCUUUAUUGGUAUUGGGUGCAUGCUAGGGUCUGGUGUGUACGUCCUAACGGGUGAAGUAGCCGGUGAGAUGGCCGGUCCUGCUGGGUCCAUUUCCUUCCUCCUGUCUGGAGUGGUAGCUUUCCUGUCUGCUAUUUGUUACUUAGAGUGCGCCACUCAGCUUCCAGAGACCGGUGCUUCCUACCUGUACACAUACGUCACACUGGGGGAAAUGAUGGCUUUCAUGAUCGGUUGGAACGCCGUGGUCGUUCGCGUCUUCGCCACGGCUUUAGUCUCGCGGGGAUGGAGCGCCUACUUCGAUGAUGUCAUCGGUGAUCACAUCAGUAACCUCACCGUGGCGUUUGUGCUGAAUGGUGAGGAAUGGUCCAUCCCUGUCCUGGCUAGAUACCCAGACUUUGUAGCUGGUCUGGUUGCCCUCUUCGCUUGCCUCCUGGUUGCCGUGGGAACGGAAGUCUCUGCUAAGGCAAACAUGUUCUUUGUUUUCAUCAACAUCGUGACCAUCGCGCUGGUGUUCAUCUUCGCAAUGAUCCAUGCGGACUUCUCCUUCUUGACCAAGCACGGCUUCUUCCCGACCGGCUUUGGUGGCGUCAUGACAGGCGCCGCGGCCUGCUUCACAGGGUACUGCGGCUUCGAGGCCAUCGCUUUCAGUGCUGAGGAAGCCAAGAAUCCCAGUAAGGGCCUACCCAUCGGCAUUAUCGUGGCCUUCUUGGCGUCGAUCCUGUGCUAUGUGGCUGGCACCUUCUCCAUCACCGUGCUCUCAGAUUACCAAGAUAUCAACCCAGGGUCUCCGUUUGUGACAGCCUUCGAAGCAAUCGGACUUGACUGGAUGAAGUAUCUGGUGGCUGUAGGCGCCUUGGGUAGCAUGACCGGAGGACUUAUCAACUGUGCUUUCUGUCUGGCCCGAAGCAUCUACGUCAUAGCUAGGGAUGGUCUUCUCCCUGCCUUCCUCUCUAAGACCAAUGCCAGGACACAGACUCCCGUGGUUGCUACCUUAGCUGGGGCAGUCCUGACCGUCAUUGUCAGUGUCAUCAUUGACUUCCUGGUCAUCAUCCAGUUCUUGUCCCUUGUAGCCUUCGUCGAGUUUGUCAUCGUCGGCAUGGCGGCGGUGAUUCUCCGCUACCGCCCCCCAGUCCGAUCCGGCUAUUCCGCCAUUGACGGCAGCGACAGUAGUACUAGUAGCUGCGACAACGACGACGACAAUCACGAAGAUCAUAACGACGGGGAAGCCGACACGGAGAUGUCCGGGGAAUACCCUCGCCGGCUUGUCAAGAAGAAACCACGCGAUCGGGACACGGACAACCACAAUUCUACCAAACACGGCGAGAAGUCCCCGUUGUUGGGAAACUCAUCUGGUGGUGGACUGCACCGAGCGGCAUCUGCCGCCAGCUCCUUCUCUUCAUCGGGUUCAGCUUCCCGUCGAUGGAUCGACAAACAUCCCACCCCUACCGUCAUCAUCUCGCUGAGCCUCCAUCUGCUGUUCGAGUUUAUCGCGAUGGCUCUCUUGACCUACAAGAUGGCCGAGCUCCAGGCUAUGGACGGAGCCGUCGUAUUUGGCGUCGCUUUCAGCGCCGGGCUGGCAAUAAUCUGUUGUUGGCCACUGUUUGUCUUACCGCAGUACAAGGAAGGAAUUCCUUUUAAGGUCCCUUUAAUGCCGUUUGUGCCACUCUUUAGUCUGCUCUGCAACGUCGUUCUCAUGGUUCGCUUUGACGCCAUUGCCUGGCUGGAGUUCCUCAUCUGGACCUGUGUAGGACUGAUUCUGUACUUCACCUACGGAAUGCAUCACAGCGCGGAGGGCAAGCGGCGUGAGGAGGCGGCCCUGCGGAGUGCCCUGGCCGCCGCGGCGCGGCUACGGCCCGCUCCAUCACGCGACGCGGUCAUCACCCACUACGACCCAGAGAACGAGAACGGGGAAUUUGACGGCGAGGCUGGGGAGCGAGAGCGCAUGGCCAAGGCCCGGGCCCAGUCCCUAGCGGUGGUGGUCACGCGAGACGGUCGGAGCUAUUCAGCAACACCGACCUACGGCAGCACAGAUGCAUUCGUCUGAACAGGCCUUGGCUUGCCUAGGCGAACUGAACCCGGAAGAGUUAUUUUAGGACAUUUUCUUCAGUGACUCGGGGAGUCAGUCAGUGACUCAAUCAGUCGGGGAGUGACUCAUCAGUUGGGGAGGCAGUCAGAUAGUCAGUCAGUCACAGUGACUCAGUCGCUCAGAAGAAAAAAAAACUUGCCCUUCGGCUCUGCAAAAAAUAUCUUAUCAUUUUUCUAUUUCACACAAAUAUGUUCAUGUAUUGAGAAAAACAUUGCUCACCAUAGCACGUUUACAUAAUUAAAGCAAAAAUAGACUUGAGAACAAUAAUAGUCUCAAGCGGGCUUGGUUUUGUAGCGAUUUCAGCUGGCAAGCUGGCUUUAGGUACGUUUUCUCGGCCACAGCACUAACGAAUAUAGUUAUGUUUUAAAAAUUCAUCCUCAAAAAAAAACGGCUCGGAGAACCACCAUUGAGCAGUAUUAAUACUUAUAUCUUGUUGGAUUUUCAAUUUUAAGUAGAUUUUGAGGACCUGAGUAAAAACAAGGCCCCCCCCCCCAACCUUGCGUGCCCCUCCCUUCCAUUUCAUAACAUUUACCAUGCAGUCAUUAUUGCUAGUUAGAUUUGAACAUGCGACAUGAUUUCUUUUUAAAACUUCUUUCAUUUCAUUCAGCCAUUAGCGCAUUUCAAAUUUUCUCUUUCUUUUGUGUAGAACUUCUGUUUUGGUUCGUUUUUUUUUUCUUCGUUUUAAUACAGUUUUUAGGUGCGUCUGUGUUGUCCGAGUCUUUUGAGUUUUACGUGAAUGCUUUAUCUGCCAAGGGGGAAACGUUAUGUCGUUAACAAGUACAUUCUAAUAAGGUUUUUGUUGUCAGAUCAACUGUGUUUACAUACUUGCGAUGUUUGUUCAGUGGUUGUUUUAUUUUCAUCAUUGUUAAUGGCGACUCAGUUUUUAAUGACAGUGAUUGUUGUUUAUUUUAAUAAACCACAAAUUAAAGAAAUCGACCUGA